AGCCACUCAAUACGUGACAAUGCUUCGAAGCAUAUAAUACAGAAAAUGUUAUCAAAACAGCAAUUAAAGCUGCUUCAACAAGCUGGUGGUCCCGCGUGUUAAUUGAAACUCAUUCGUGCGUGGAAAAUAAGCUAGACUGCAUCGUACCGCGAAGCGCCUCCCAUUAGGCCCCAAGCAAGUGCGCGAGUUGUUCCGCUGCCGUCCUCACCCUUUACAUAAUUGGCUGGUUUGAUUAUUCUACAGCACACACAAUGCUGGCCUUUGCGUGCUUGAUACUUUCAAUCGUAACGAUUCUAGCGGUUCGAUGGUGGAAGUUGAAAGUGAAAUUUGCUCGCUUUCUUCCCCGAGCCCAGCCGUACUAUCCCGUGAUAGGGAAUUUGCAGAUAGCCCUGCCAUUUGGAAAAAGUGCGGAAGAACUUCUGGAAUUGCUACACAACUACUUUCGGCAACAUGACAGGAUGUUCGCCAUCCAUAUUGGUCCCAAGGUUGCCAUUGGACUAUCCCAUCCGGAAUUGGUGCAACAGGUUCUGAACCAUCCCGACUGCCAGGAGAAAUCGAACGUGUACGAACUUUUGCGAUUACCGAAUGGACUGCUGUCGUCAAAGUACAAAGUUUGGAAGCUGCAUCGGAAAACCCUGAACUCGACGUUCAAUAUCAGAAUUCUGAACAGCUUCCUGCCAAUUUUCAACGAUAGCACUAGCAAACUAAUCAAACUGCUGGACCAACAAGCGGAUACCGGAAAAUCGUUCGAUAUUCUGGUCCCUUUCACCCAUUGCACUCUUGGCAUGGUGUGCGAAACAUCUUUUGGCAAAAAGGUUUUGGAAAGGGAAGGAAAGCAGCAUUUCUUCGACAGUUUGGAAGUAUUGUUGACAUCGCUGGGAAAGCGUGUGGUUAAUGUGCUUCUUCAUAGUGAAAUAAUUUACCGGCUGACGCCCAUGUAUCGCAACGAAAUUAAAUGUAGAGCAGCUUGCCGUCGUUUCACCGAUAAGGUUAUCGAAGAAAAAAGAGCUGAGAUUAAAACAUUGUUCACCGGUAACUCGAAGAACCCUACUGAUGAAGCUCUGUCGGACGAUGAAGGGGAAGCUUACAAACGACCACAAAUUUUCAUUGAUCAACUGCUGAAAAUGCCACUUAUGAUGAAGUCUGCUUAUAAUUUUAGUGAUCAGGAGAUCUCGGACCAGGUUUUUACCAUGAUCAUAGCGGGCAACGAAACAUCGGCCACUCAGAUGGCGCACACCUGCUUGCUGUUGGCCAUGAACCCUGCUGUUCAGGAGAAGGCAUACCAAGAAGUUCAGCAGACUAUUCCAACCAAAGAUACAUACAUCGACGCAGAAAUUCUCCGGAAGCUCGUCUACAUCGAGGCAGUGUUAAAAGAAUCUAUGCGACUGCUGCCUGUGGGAUCUCUAAUUUCCCGCAAAAACUUGCAAGAAAUUGUUCUCGAUGGCCACAAAAUUCCUAAAAACACCCCGCUGCUAAUGAAACCGUACUCCCUUCACCGACGUUCAGAUAUUUGGGGUUCCGACGCGGAACAGUUCAUUCCGGAACGUUUUCUCAGAGAAGAUGCUAAACAACGGCACCCGUACGCUUUUAUUCCAUUCAGUGGAGGUCCCCGAGGUUGCAUCGGGGUUCGGUAUGCCAUGAUGAGCCUGAAGAUUAUGUUGGCGUUGAUAUUGAUGAAUUUCAAAAUCAGUACUCAACUCAGGUACCGGGAACUGAAGAUUCAUUAUCAACUCUCGCUGAACCUGGCCGGUCCCCAUGCAGUUAGUUUGGAAAGACGCAGAUGAAAA